GACAAAUAGCCCAGUUGCAGUAUCCUCUACAAAUUAGUCUGUGGAAUUCAGAAUAAAGAACAUGGCAGGUGUGCUGUUGAGAGUAGGAUACACAAGAAGUAUUUCAACUUUGAAGAAUUUGAACCGACUGUACUCAUCUAGCUCAGCACCAACAACAAAAUUGUUCAUCGAUGGAAAGUUUGUGGAAUCAAAGUCAGAUGUAUGGAUUGAUGUUCAUAACCCAGCAACUAAUGAAGUAGUGACCCGUGUCCCCGAGGCAACCCAGGAAGAAAUGGAGACUGCUGUUGCCUCCUGCAAAAGGGCAUUUCAAGACUGGUCACAGACCACAAUCCUUACCCGUCAGCAAAUGAUGUUUAAAUUUCAGAACCUCAUCAGAGAAAAUCUGAGUGAUAUUGCCAAAAACAUUACUUUAGAGCAGGGGAAAACUUUGGUAGAUGCUGAGGGAGAUGUGAUGAGGGGACUUCAGGUUGUAGAGCAUUGUUGCAGCAUUACCUCCCUUCAGCUGGGGGAGACUUUACCAGGAAUUGCCAAGGAUAUGGACACAAUGACUUUCAGAGUUCCCCUUGGAGUCACAGCUGGAAUCACCCCAUUUAACUUCCCUGCUAUGAUCCCAUUAUGGAUGUUCCCUAUGGCCCUGGUGACAGGAAAUACCUGCCUAAUGAAGCCGUCUGAGCGUGAUCCUGGAGCUUGUAUGAUGCUGAUAGAGAUGGCCAAAGAAGCAGGUUUUCCUGAUGGAACUGUUAAUGUCAUUCAUGGCAGACAUGAUGCUGUAAACUUUAUUUGUGAUCACCCAGACAUUAGGGCCAUAUCUUUUGUGGGAUCAGACCAGGCUGGGAAAUACAUUUACGAGAGAGGAUCCCAGAAUGGCAAGAGAGUCCAGUCCAACAUGGGAGCUAAAAAUCAUGGAGUCAUAAUGCCAGAUGCAAACAAAGAAAAUUGUCUGAAUCAGUUGGUAGGAGCAGCAUUUGGUGCAGCAGGUCAGAGAUGCAUGGCUUUAUCUACUGCAGUGUUUGUUGGUGAGGCCAGAAACUGGAUCCCAGAGCUUGUGGAGAAAGCUAAGAAGCUCCGAGUAAAUGCAGGUCAUGAGCCAAAUGCAGACUUGGGUCCCCUGAUUUCUCCAGAAGCCAAACAGAGGGUGUGUGACUUGGUACAGUCUGGAGUUGACCAGGGAGCCAAGCUUCUUCUGGAUGGAAGAAAUGUCAAAGUGCCUGGAUAUGAGAAGGGGAACUUUGUUGGGCCAACAAUUCUCCACUAUGUCAAGCCAGAGAUGAAAUGCUACACAGAGGAAAUCUUCGGACCAGUCCUCAUCAGUAUGGAGGUUGAUACACUUGAUGAUGCAAUCAAAGUUAUCAAUGCUAAUCCUUAUGGCAAUGGUACUGCCAUCUUUACCACAAAUGGAGCGACAGCCAGAAAGUAUACAAUGGAAAUUGAUGUUGGACAGGUUGGAGUUAAUGUCCCCAUUCCAGUGCCCUUACCCAUGUUCUCCUUCACUGGAUCUAGAGGAUCAUUUAGAGGAGACAUGAACUUCUAUGGAAAAGCUGGUAUUCAGUUUUACACACAACUGAAGACAGUGACCCAGAUGUGGAGAGCUGAUGAUGCCACGGUGACUGGUUCACAGACAGCCAUGCCCGUCAUGAGAUAGACAGUUGUCUCCCCUACAGGACUGUUUGCAGCUUCUCACAAAUGACCUUGCUUUAUUGAGUGCAUCCAUCAUUUGUUCACAGACCUGCUACUCUCUAGACAUUGAUUGAUAUUUUUUAUGUAGUGAAUCAUGUUACAGAGAUUUUGUUCACAUUUGUAUUUAACACAUUUUUGGAGACUACAGCUGUAUGGAGGUCAUAUGAGUUUAUGAAGUUUGGUAAAAUAUUUUGUGCAUGUUCAUUUAUGGCAUUGAUUGCUCACAUAUACAUGUAUACAGAAAUAAAUAAAGGUACAUUAUUGGUAA